AUGAGAGAUAACUUGCCGGUGAAGCUUCUUCACGAGGCGUCGGGCCACGCGGUGACGGUGGAGAUGAAGAGCGGCGAGGUGUAUCGUGGGAUCAUGAUUGAGUGCGAGGAUAACUGGAAUUGCCAGCUCCAAAACAUCACGUACACUUCUAAGGAGGGGAAGGUCUCACAGCUCGAACAUGUUUUCAUCAGAGGCGGCAAAGUAAGGUUCAUGGUUAUUCCGGAUAUGCUAAAGAAUGCUCCAAUGUUCAAGCGCUCGGAAGCUAAGAUCAAGGGCAAAGGUUCUGCAAUUGGAGUUGGACGUGGGCGUGGUGUUGCUAUGCGAGCAAGAGCUCAAUCGGCUGGCCGUGGAGCUCCUCCUGCUGGAAGAGGUGCUGUGACACCUGUCAGGCGGUGA